AUGCAAGCUGUGCGUCAGUGUUCAACAUGUGCCGUUCGGACUAUGGGACAACGUUUGGGCUCUCAAAGAGACGUUCCAAGCAGGAGAGGAGCAGCAUGCAGCCGUCUGCUUAGUCAUUCAGGUGUCCUCCUCAGCACCAGAAUGACUGCAAACAGGAGAUUGGUGCAGGGGAAAGAGUGUGCACACACAAGCGCUGCGCCUUUAAGCUUGAGUCAUCUUUGUUCAACUCCAUCUAUUCAGCAAACAGAGCACCUGAGUCACGACGCACUGAUCAGAAGGGCGACGUUACUGCUCACUGACGGCACCGGUACACUCCUUUCACAAAGUACCUACGCUCUGGUCGACGCCCUCGAAGCCUACACAAAGGCUGUGCACACACGGAUCGCCCUGCAGAGACGUUACAUGACUUCGUUGGGAAAACUGACUUCAGCUGAGGAAGACUCGCUUCAGCAGGCCAUCUUUGAACAGAAAGCAGAGGUCAACGAACAUCUGGAUGAAUGUAAACGCUUUGAGACCACAUGGAUCAAGGCUGUUAAUCUCUGCAAAAUAGCAGCGGAGGUGGCCUAUGCAUCUGGAUCGGAGCAGGCGUCCGUCACGUUGACGGCCAACAUCCAACUGAUGCAGUCGCACGCCGACCAGGCCCAGCAAGCGGCGGCAGCUGUGGACAAGAAGCUGGCCGAGACCAAAGUGGAUGAGAUCCAAAGGAUGGCGGAGUACGUGGCCUCAUUGGAGGAGGCGGACGAGCUUGAAAUACAGGACGCUUACUUGAGAGAGGACUGA